AUGGCAGGUAAAAUUGGUCGCAUCGAUCCGUUCAACGAAACUGUAGAAACGUGGGAUGCAUACAGUGAGAGGCUAGAGCAAUACUUCAUAUGCAAUGACGUGAAAGACGAUAAAAAAAUUCCCGUCCUUUUGAGUCUAGUUGGGGGAAACACGUACUCAUUGUUACGUGGUCUCACGGCUCCUAAAAAGCCCUCUGAGGAAACUUUUGAUAGACUUAUAGCCCUAUUAAAGGAACACUAUAACCCCAAGCCAUUAGUGAUAGCUGAAAGAUUCAGAUUCCAUAAAAGGGAACAGCGUGAAGGGGAGACCAUUCGGGAAUAUAUUGCGUCAAUCCGGAAAUUAUCAGAGCACUGCGAAUUCGGUACCAAGCUAACCGAUGCACUUCGCGACAGGCUUGUAUGUGGAUUAAAGAAUGAGAACAUACAACGGAAACUUUUGUCAGAGGCAGAUCUCACCUAUGACCGGGCAGUAGAGCUGUCGGUAGCCAUGGAAACGGCGGCCAAGGACGCUAUAGAGCUACGGAAUACUUCGUCUACUGUAAACAAAAUACAACACAAGGUAAGGAAAACACCUACAAGCAGCCAUACACAUGACAGGAAACCAUGUUACAGAUGUACAGGGAACCAUGACCAGAAAAACUGUAAAUUCAAAGAUGAAACAUGUUACAAAUGUGGUAAACAUGGUCACAUAAAAAAGGCUUGUAGAGGAACUCGACGGGUUCACAGAACACAUGCUAUAGAUACUGAACAUGAGGAUGAGUUAGAAAUGAUUGCUCAUGUGGAGAUGGUGAACAGCACUAAUAGUUCAGCUCGAGAAUCGAUAUGGGUAAUACCAAACAUCAAUGGAUAUGAAUUGAAAAUGGAAUUAGACACUGGUUCCGGGGUAUCGGUUGUAACCGAGGAUGUUUUCAGGAAAACUCUGCAUGGAAAGGUUAAGAACUUGUCUAAUACAGACAUUUGUUUAAAAACAUAUUCCGGUGAAAGGUUGAAUACACUAGGAGUAGCCAAGGUCAAGGUCGAUUACAAUGGACAGUCUAAGAAAUUGGACUUGUAUGUGGUUGCUGACGGGGGCCGACCCUUAUUUGGUAGAGAAUGGCUUCGUCAUAUCACUCUUGAUUGGCCAAGGAUUCACAGUAUCAACAGCCAGAGGGAUUCGAACUCUGACUACAGUCCCGCAGUCCAACAGAAAAUAGAGUCAAUGAUGGAUAAACAUUCGUCCAUAUUCCAAGAUGAUUGGGGAACACUGAAGGACAUUAAGGCAAGACUUAAUGUCAAGCCGGGGUCUCAUCCAAAAUUUUGUAAGGCCAGACCGGUGCCAUAUGCUAUCGAACCAAAGGUGGAAGAAGAGCUUGAUAGGUUAGUAGGGGUUGGAGUUUUGACUAAGGUCAACUACAGUGAAUGGGGCACACCCAUAGUUCCUGUUAUGAAAAAAGAUGGCUCCGUGCGGUUAUGUGGAGACUUUAAGGUAACACUAAACCCUGUUUUGGAAGUGGAUCAGUAUCCUCUUCCUCGUACCGCUGAUAUUUUCGCAUCUUUGGCAGGAGGUCAGAAAUUUUCGAAGUUGGACCUGCAACAUGCCUACCUCCAAAUGGAGGUGGAGGAAAGCUCCAGGGAUUUACUGACCAUAAAUACCGAGAAGGGUUUAUACCGAUUCAAUCGACUGGUGUAUGGAGUAGCGUCAGCUCCAGCGAUGUGGCAACGGGCCAUGGACACAGUUCUACAAGGUUUAAAAGGAGUUCAGUGCAUAAUAGAUGAUAUGUUGAUCACAGGAAGCACGGAUGAAGAACAUUUGCAAAAUUUGGAGGCAGUUUUGGAACGUUUGGACAGGUACGGUUUACGGUUGCGAAAGGACAAGUGUGAGUUUUUCAAAACAAAGGUGUCUUUUUGCGGACAUGACAUUGAUGAGGACGGGUUACACAAAACACAGAGAAAAAUUGAAGCCGUACUACAGGCACCAGCGCCUACAGACACGACGCAGUUAAGGGCAUUCCUUGGACUCAUAAAUUAUUAUGCUAGGUUUCUGCCGAAUCUAUCCACAGUUCUCCACCCUUUACACAGACUUUUGGAGAAAAACCGGAAGUGGGAGUGGAAUGGUGAUUGUGCCAGAGCAUUUGCCGAGGUCAAGAAACUAGUUACAUCAAAUGAGGUGCUCACUCAUUACGACCCUGCAAAACCUGUGAGAUUGGCGUGCGACGCGUCACCAGUAGGUCUGGGAGCAGUAUUAUCUCAUGUAAUGGAUAAUGGAACCGAACGUCCCAUAGCUUAUGCCUCGAGAACCUUAAAUGCAGCCGAGAAGAAUUACUCGCAAAUUGAUAAGGAGGCACUUGCAUUAGUAUGGGGAGUCAAGCAUCUUCAUAACUAUGUGUUUGGACGAGAGUUCACCCUAAUUACAGACCACAAGCCACUGAUUUCGAUUUUCAAUCCCGAGAAGGGAAUACCCUCAACCACUGCUGCGAGGAUGCAAAGGUAUGCUUUGUUUCUGUCUGGACUGACAUACAAAAUCGAGUAUAAAUCAACCACAGCACAUGGAAAUGCGGAUAGCUUGUCACGGUUACCUUUACAAGUCAACACUAUUGACAGUGAUGACGACGAAAUGGUGAACGCAGUAAACGUGGGUCAGUUGGAGAAGCUGCCAGUAACACAGUCCCAGAUACGAAGGGAGACAACUCAUGAUCCUGUGAUGGCAACAGUAUUACAGUUUGUAAUGAAUGGUUGGAAUGAGGAAGUCACUAACCCAGAACUGAAACCAUAUUUUGUGAGGAACACAGAGAUUACUGAACAUCAAGGAUGUCUAUUGUGGGGGACUAGAGUAAUUGUACCUCCCAAACUUCAAGCUGAAGUUCUUGCGGAAAUACACCAAGGUCACAUCGGAAUCGUGAAAAUGAAGGCAGUGGCCCGAAGUUAUGUUUGGUGGCCUAAUAUAGACUUGGACAUUGAACAAUUGUGCAAGGCUUGCACAGGGUGCCAGAGUGUUAAAGUGGCACCACCAUCAGCUCCACUUCAUCCAUGGGAGUGGCCCUCAAGGCCAUGGUACAGGAUACAUAUGGAUUUUGCUGGUCCUUUUCUGGACAGUAUGUUUUUCAUUGUUGUGGAUGCUUACUCUAAGUGGCCAGAAGUAGUCCCCAUGAGGACAACAACGUCAGAGAAGACCAUAGAUGUACUGCGAGCAAUAUUCGCAAGGAACGGCAUACCCACUGAAAUUGUCAGUGACAACGGCCCUCAGUUUGUGUCCGAGAGUUUUAAGAACUUUGUUAAGGCUAAUGGUAUAAAACACAUCACAUCCGCCCCAUACCAUCCGAGUACAAAUGGACUCGCGGAAAGAUUUGUUCAAACCUUUAAGGCAGCAAUGAAGGCUAGUAGGAGAGACAAUGGUACGUUGACAAAGAAGUUGGCUAAUUUCUUGUUAGCUUACCGGAACUCAGCACAUGCGACAACAAAUGAAUCACCCGCAAAGUUGUUCUUAGUACGGAAGUUACCAUCCAGGUUAGAUUCUCUUCUCCCAAAUGUUAGAGGACGAGUGGAAGGUCAGCAAAGUAACAUGACAUUCAAGCGAAUUUCAAGGUUAAGAACCUUUGAGCCAGGUCAGAGUGUUACUACCUGUGAUUAUCGUCGGGGAAGUGAGGAUAAAUGGGUUUCCGGUAAAAUCCUUGAACAGACAGGUCCGGUUUCUUACCGUGUGGAGGUUGCUCCGGGAACAUUCUGGAGACGACAUACUGAUCAAUUGAGGGAUGCUUGUGCUCAAAUUCCAUUGAAGGUAACCUUAACUGAACCUAUAAUACCCUCAGGUACACGGAAAUCAGCAGAAGUGGUUCCUCCAGCAGCCACAUGUGGUGACUCGGAUCGAUCAACACCAUUGCGUGAUGUCUCACUCCCAAACCAUCACCUUCGACAUCAUUGA